CUUAUUCUUAUUACAAUAUCUCUCAUAUCAAAAACGAAAACUCCAAACAAAAUGUUCAAAUUCGCUGCCAUUUUCGCCACCCUCUUCUUGACUGUCUCUGCUGGUCUCAUUGAAACCCAUCAUGUUGUCCAUGAGCCUGUGGUAGCCAAAGUUGGCCAUGUUGUUCAUUCAGCUCCUUCUGCUGUAUCACACCAGAGUAUCACCCAAGUGCAUAGCAAAGCUGUUGUACAACCUGUCUACACCCCUAUCGUUAAGACCACCGUUCAUGCUGCUCCCAUUGUAAAGACCGUCCAUCAUGUUGCCCCUGUGGUCAAGACUGUCCAUACCCCCGUAGUGCAUCAUGUUGCCCCUGUAUUGAAAACAGUCCACGCCCCAGUUGUCCAUCAUGUUGCUCCUGUUGUACACUCUGUUCCUGUGGUUCACUCUGCUCCUUUGGUGCACACAGUUCAUCAUCAUUAAAAAGUGAUUUGUUUAAAAAAAAAUGG